CUCCAACGGAAAAAUGAUGCAACCUUUGAGAAGAAAAUUUCCAUUGUUCGAAACAGGAGUGACAAUGAAACAGAGGAAGAACAGUAAUCUCUCAAUCUUCGUCGUCGUCUUCUCUGUUUUCCUCUUCGGGAUCUUCAUGUACAAUGAAGACGUCAAAUCCAUCGCAGAGUUUCCUUUCUCCACCUCAAAACCUAACGACGUCCACGACGAGACGACACCGAUCACAGAGACUACAACACUACCGGUUCAAGAACCUAUCAAGAACUCAGACCCAAUUCAGGAAUCGGUUAAAAUCCCAGACUUAGAUCAAGAUUCAGUUAAAGACGCAGCAGAACCAGUUAAGGAGGAGGUAUCGAAAACAGAGGAAGUGAAAAAGAUUGAGCUUUUCGCUGCCACGGAGGAUGAAGAAGACGUGGAAUUGCCGCCGGAGGAGUGUGAUUUGUUCACCGGAGAAUGGGUUUUCGAUAACGAGACACAUCCGUUGUAUAAAGAGGAUCAGUGUGAGUUCUUGACGGCGCAAGUGACUUGCAUGAGAAAUGGAAGAAAAGAUUCUCUGUAUCAGAAUUGGAGAUGGCAACCAAGAGACUGUUCUUUACCAAAGUUCAAAGCGAAAUUGCUGUUGGAGAAGCUAAGGAACAAGAGAAUGAUGUUCGUUGGAGAUUCCCUAAACCGGAACCAAUGGGAAUCAAUGGUUUGUUUGGUUCAAUCAGUGGUUCCUCCCGGUCGAAAAAGCUUGAACAAAACCGGUUCUCUUUCCGUUUUCCGAGUUGAGGAUUAUAAUGCGACGGUGGAGUUUUAUUGGGCACCAUUUUUGGUGGAAUCAAAUUCAGAUGAUCCAAAUAUGCAUAGUAUACUUAACCGUAUAAUAAUGCCUGAGUCCAUUGAGAAGCAUGGAGUCAACUGGAAAGGCGUUGACUUUCUUGUUUUCAACACUUACAUUUGGUGGAUGAACACAUUCGCUAUGAAAGUCCUACGCGGAUCGUUCGAUAAAGGCGAUACCGAGUAUGAGGAGAUCGAACGGCCAGUAGCGUAUAGGAGAGUGAUGAGGACUUGGGGAGAUUGGGUUGAACGAAAUAUUGAUCCUCUACGUACCACUGUCUUCUUUGCUAGCAUGUCUCCUCUUCACAUCAAGAGCUUGGAUUGGGAGAAUCCAGAUGGGAUAAAGUGUGCAUUAGAGACGACACCAAUCCUAAACAUGUCAAUGCCAUUCAGCGUAGGAACAGACUACAGACUGUUUUCAGUAGCGGAAAACGUCACGCGUUCUCUUAAAGUUCCGGUUUACUUUCUCAACAUUACCAAACUCUCUGAAUACCGGAAAGAUGCUCACACUUCGGUUCACACAAUCCGACAAGGCAAAAUGCUGACGCCGGAGCAACAAGCCGAUCCCAACACUUACGCCGAUUGUAUCCAUUGGUGUCUUCCCGGUUUACCUGACACGUGGAAUGAGUUCCUCUACACACGUAUUAUUUCCCGUUCGUGACCUAAAACCUAAGGGAUAAAAAGAAAUUGAAAUAUCUCUUUUUCAAUAUUUUUUCCCACUUUGCUCCAUCUAAUGGGAGCCUUGAAAUUUUAUUAUUUUGAUGUCAUAAUGUUCAUAAUCUUUCUUGAAUUGUAAUUGUGAAAUGUUUUUUUUUCUUUAAUGGUUAUUAGAGUGUCUAGUAGGAUAAAAUGAAAGGGUCUAU